AUGGAGGCCUUAAGAUUAAAACCUCGACAGCCCGUCGAGCAUGAACCCGAGUUUGAAAACUGGGACGACGAUGAUUUUAUGAUCGAUGAUGGCGAUGAUCUCACCUUCCGGAGUUCCACCAACACCAACAACCAGCCCGCCCGCCGUGACUCCAUCUCUUCGCACCGGUCUCUCCGCUCCGAGUUCGAGUCCAUACACGGUGACGAGGAGCGACAGAUUCAUAUCGCUGACGACGAUGAGAAGUCCACCCUAAGCGCCAUCGCCGCUGCCGCGAAUGUCGGCAUUCCCAUUCCUAAAAAUGUACCACCUUCUGCCCUCAUGGGCGGGACCAUUAAGCGCCUGGGUGGCCGCAAAAUCAAGAAGAUCAUCGAGGACGAUUGGGAGGCCGACCUCGAACUACCUGGCGCCGGGGAGGCUUUGAUGAUCAAGACCCAGGAUGCCUCUCAAUUCCCCGAUGCUAUCCGUCAAGUGAGCGGUGGUUCCGUUCACUCAAGUCCCGUAAAAACAGCGAGGCUUCCACCCGCCAUUAUCCAUGACGACCGCCGUGACUCUAACCAGUCUCGGUCAAGCGUGCUCGGCGCCGCAAUCAACUUGGACAGGUUCCGCGAUAACGACGACGACGACGAUUUCUUCGGAGACGGCUCAGCCACCAUCAAGGUGUCCAAGACGAGACUCUCCAAGCCUAUCUCUCUUAUUACCCCACCGACACCCCAGAAGAUCGCGAAACCUCAAUCAUUCGGCGAAGAUGACUUCGAGCUUGACCUCGAGCUUCCAUCCGAUGGCAAGCUCAAGUUGUCCACUAGGAAGGACAUCCCUAAGACGCCGUCGCUAGCUAUGGACGAUCUAGAUUGGGGUGAGGGAAGCCUCGGUACCCGUUACGGUGGGACUCGCCGGGACGGCCGCUCUGCGCGUAGCUCUUCUGCUUCGGCACUGAGCCCUAGCAUCUCUAGCUCUAUCACGGCCGAGAGCGAGGACGAGACGUUCGACGGCCUUGUGCUGCCCUCUGGCCCUGUCAAUUUUGAGCAGAGGCUGAAGCUCCGUCGGAAGAGCAGAUCUCCUGAACGCAUUGAAGAGGAGCCGCCGCUGUCUGCUAGGACACCCCUAGAGGCCGAUGCGGAUAAGGAGGACUUCCUCUCCGGCCUUGACCUCGGCGAUGGUGCCGUCUUUGACUCCAAGAAGCGCACAUUGCACCGCAAUGUCAAGGUGAAGGAGUCUAGACCAGAGAGCCCCUCCCGCCCCAAAACCGCGGCGUGUAUCACCUUUACGAACAAAACUAUUUCACAGCUACCCUCACGCCUUCCUCGGCUAAGCCAUGACCGAGCUCCCUCUAACCUAGAGCCCGUAUCCGAGAGCGGCGGGCCCAUUCUUCCUCGAGUGCGCCGCUCUCAGUCCCGUCUCGGGCACUCGGCCCAGUCCUCCGUUUCCAGCCUCCCAACACCCACGACACCAUCCUCGACGUCUUCCUUGACACCCUCUACACCCCGACGAACAGUCCGCGAAGUCACGACCAAGACUUCAGCCGUCUCGCUUCGUCCCGAGCCUACCACCACGAGCGCGCAAUUGCUGAGAUUGAAGCGGUCGCUGCCUGCUAUGAGAGCACCCCAAUCUCCGGCAAAGCCCACCGUCUCUGGUCGGUACGAUCGGCCUCCAUCGCGAACUGAUGGACGUCCAGGCUCGGCCAUGCGGCCCAAGACGCCAGUUGACCGCAUCCGACCUGACUCUAGCACUUCCAUGGCACCUCCCAGCCGCCGAAACCCACCGCCAUUCCUGGCUGGAGGUUCCACCGGUGCCUCGUCUCAUCAUGUGAUUCACAAGGGGAGUCGAGUAUUCCGCAGGCACGAUUCCGAGAACUCGAUUGAUUUCCGCCCUAGCUCGCGCACUGUUUCUCGGUCCACGAUGCGCUCGCCUAGUCCGCGACGCCAAAGACCUGCCAACGAGAAGAUCUCGGAAACGCACUACCGCUUACUCAACCGUCCUCGCCACCAACGAACCUUUGGAAAUGGCUCCGAGCUUGAUGGCUUUGACGACUUGCCUGUCUCGAGAGAUGCCGAGGAUCGAUAUGUGAAGCAGCCUAUCGGCAGGGAGUCGAGAAAUGGUCUGCGCAACAAGAUUUACCAAAACGUUCUUCCCGACCGAAGCACGACUGCAUCACCCGUGUCACCCUAUCCCUACUCUCCCAUGCGCUCUGAUUACACUCCUAGCUUCGCCCGAGACACUGCCGCGAGCAGAAUCGCGCGAGAAACCUCUUUGGCCCAACGCGUUCCCUCUUCCGGGCCGCUGGCGCCUUUGACGACGCAGCGAGUCGCUCAGCUUUCCGCCCGCAGCAACCUCAAUCCCAUGGCUCCUCCUUCGCCCCUAGUCCGCUCUAAGAAGAAGCGGUCCCAGCAGCAAUUGAAGCCCCAUCUGAUUGCGAACCUCAACCCCGCAAAAGAAGUGAAGACUAUCAACGGAAUGGUGUACAACCCCGCUACCUUCCGGUGGGAGGGCAACGAGAACGUCCUCAGCGCCUUUGACCCACCAGCAUCUUCGCCUUCGACGACCUCGCUCCCGCCUUACAUGAUCCGAGAGAAGGAGAACGCCACUCCGCGCCCCGCGUUGAUCACUAACAUCAGCUCCACUAAGGGUGUGCAGGUUGUUGGUGGAAUGGUGUUUGACCCGCAGAACAUGUGCUGGCUCAAGAUUGGCAACAACACCAAGCCCAUCUCAGAAGCGGGUGAUCCCUUGGAUGGCUUCAAUGGCCUCGAGGACGAGGACGAUGAUGACCCAUUCAAAGAUAUUCCGGAUCUCGAGGACAACGUGGCCGACUCUAACGAUGGAGUCCAGGGCCGUGUCAGCGACGUCAGAGACGAUUGGCUCGUUGGCGAGGAGUUCGAUGUCGGACCCGAGUUUGUCCGGCGCCAGCGCGAAGAAGAAGACCGCUGGAGGAAGAAGUGCGAGUCCUGGCUCUCGGGAGGCACCCGGAACCACGACGAAUGGCGGUGGACGAUCCGGGAACUCAUUUCCGGAGACGCCCUUUUCUAA